AAUUACCUUCUCCACUGUAAUUUUUUCUAGUUCUGUGCCAAACACGUGAAGCGAUGACGAAUAAGUGUGUUGGUGUAAUAAAAUGAUUGGAAAAUAUUUAUUAUUGUGGGUUGUGGUGACAGCGGGGGCUUCGGUCCCCAAACCUAGAAGUUUCUAUAACAAAUCGAAAAGCAUAAUUCCGGAUUAUUACAUCAAAGAAGUACGACCUCCUACUCAAGGUGGUGCUCCUGUCGAAAUUGAUUUUAGUAUGACUGUCGUCGAUAUCAACUCCAUAAAUGUGGAAGAUAUGGAUUUUCGCAUGGACAUGUUUUUAAGCCAGGAAUGGAUAGACGCAAGAAUAAAAAUCCCGGAAGAUUUAUUCGAAUAUGGCGAUGAUUCAAUCACGUUACCUUCGCAAUAUUUUGACAAUUUGUGGCAACCCGAUUUGUAUUUCCUCAACUCGAAAGUAGUCGAAAUUGCAACUCUGACGCACAAAUUCUCCUCAGUGACUUUAUUUCGCAACAAAACGAUAAAAUAUUCCGCAAGAAUGCACGCCAUAGUUGCGUGUCAGAUGGAAUUCCAACACUACCCCAUGGACACUCAAUUGUGUCCAAUAAGCAUCGAAAGCUUUUCAUACAGUAACAAAAAAAUGCGCCUAAAGUGGGCUCCUGGUGGCGUCACUGUUAGUCCAGAGUUAAAACUUCUCCAAUAUAACAUCCUCCCGCUUCAACUCGAAGAGAAAAACGUCUACACGGGCGAAAAAAGCGGGAAUUUUUCGCGUCUCGUCGUCAAUUUCCGUUUCGAGCGCCAAAUCGGCCACCAUUUGAUCCAGACUUUUGCCCCAUCGUCCCUCGUGGUGGUACUCUCAUGGUUCAGUUUUUGGCUAGGCUUGGACGCAGUACCAGGACGGGUUACCCUUCUAGUCACGUGUUUACUUACUUUGGUUACCAUGUUUACAGGCUUACGGACCGAUAUACCGGCAGUAGCAUAUGUCAAGGCGCUCGAUUUGUGGAUGGCGGGUUGUAUGGUCUCGGUCUUUGCCGCUUUAGGGGAAUUUGUCAUUGUUAAGGUUUUGGACCAGAAAUAUCAAGGUUUGAAGAAAAAGCAAUGCGAACAAGCCAUGGAGGCUGCGAUUACUCCCUGGAGGCCGAAACCGUCUUUUGUUAAUAAAAGAAGGGCCAGUGAAGGAGUUAUUCCAAUGUAUUGGAAAAAUAAAAAAGGGAAGGAAAAAAUUUUGUGGCACCAAGUGGAUCGAGUAUCUCGUGUAGUGUUUCCCGGUUUGUUUUUCAUUUUCUGUGCGAUAUACUGGACGACUUUGAUUUUCGGUAGAAGUGCGACAUUGUUGUAAACCUGAUGUAAUUUUGUCGAAAAGUAGGUAAAUGUAAAGGAAACAGGUUUCUAGUCCAGCGAUUUGUGAAAUGUUCAACAACUGGUUGAUCUUUAUACAAUUUAUUUAAAUUACUUAGGUACACAUAGAAAAAUAAAUAAUCACAGAUAGUACAAUAAA